AUGCUUCUUCAAGCAGUAGCGUCUAUCGCAGCCAACACCUUCCAGCCGCUGGUGAAGUUGAGCGGUACUUACUCUCCACCCUUACUCGCGCAGGAUCAUGCCAGUUGCCACACUGCCAUGAAUCACCCAAAAUCCUACUUGCACACAAAGAAACCGGCGCCCUGCCUCAGCGUUUACAACGACGGUGGUUGUCCGCAUUCCGCGCCCCCCAAAAUCGGUCAGAGCCAGAGCACAGAACGUAGAGCGAGGCUACAAGCGCAAAUAGCUUCUCUGGUGAAUGCGCGCGGCGAUGUUGAGACCGAUCGAGUGGCAUACGACGAACUGCAGGAACUCAUGGAUUCAGAAACUUCUGACGACACACCUGCGAAAGCUGAUCAGGAUGAUUCAAUUGAGCCAACUGAACAAGAACUCGUAGAGCAGAUUCACUACUUGAGAAAUGUUCGGGAAUUGGAGAGAAAACUAGAGAAGGCACGCCACAAAUUGCACCUAUCCAUGCAAAGACGCGAUCAGAAGCGCAGAAGGGCUUAUUGGCAGGAAGAGGCAUACCAGGAUCAGCAACGAGUCGAAAUGAUGGAUCUCACUGAGGUCGAAAUGACACCUGCCUCUCGGCCAACUGUAAAGCUAAAAAAAGAGGAUUUCCUUGGUCUUGUCGACUUAUACUUUUACUCCCAUCGAAGCAGGUUCUUGUCCGAGUCGCCCGAUGCUUCACCAACACCUUUGCAGCUAGAUGAUUACAGCUUCAAAGUCUCGGAAGACUUUAGUCCGCCAACAAAUGCAGAGUCUGAUCUGGUUCGAGAUGAAGAAGGCACUCCUGUCUCUCCGCUUCAUCAUGUAGAGAUGGAGAUAAAGAUACGCAAAAUGAACGAGAUUAAAGUAUUGCAGAAGCUCGUGGAUCUGCUAUUAGAUGACUACUCGUCACUCGAGGACCUUUUUCGAGCUUACAAGGCGUUGCCACAGCCCGGUGUAUCAUAUCUUCCUGGUGGUGUGAUUCGGCUAUUCCUUCAACGCAUGUCUACGCCCUGGAGGAAGUCGGAGAGAGCCUUGCUUCGAUACCUGUCGUUGUUAGAUGAUAUGCAGCUUGCCAGGCUACCAAUUACGGCAUGGGAAUGGUCUUCUGCUAUCUAUCUUGCAGGUCAGUCAUUUAACAACGUGUCUAACUCUGACGUCUCUGCAGCUUUCCGUGUCUGGCGUCAGAUGGAGAAGGAUGCGGGAGUAGCAGCUCGCGCUGUGACUUUUAAUAUCCUGUUCGACAUCGCUGUGAAGGCUGAAAAGUUUGUGCUUGCUGAGGAACUCCUGCGAGAGAUGCACGAUCGUGGCUUUCGGCUCAAUCGCCUUGGCAGAGUCAGCCUGAUAUAUUAUUAUGGUAAGAAAGGUGAUGGAGAUGGCGUCCGAAAGGCUUAUCGCGAUUUUGUCGAGGCUGGCGAAAUAGUUGACACGCUUGUGUUGAAUUGUGUGAUGGCAUCCUUGAUCAAUGCCCAAGAGCCUGCUGCAGCAGAACAGGUUUAUGAGCGGAUGAAGGGAAUGCAAGAGCGCCUGCGAAGAGGCAAAAAUGGCGACGGUGAUGAAGCUCUUUUCCUGAAGUAUCCACCUCCUGGUCCAGACAAAAUUGGGAACGAGAUGGCAUCGAACGCCCUUGGUCGAGUACUCCUCAAGGCAAGCAGGCUGAGGACUGUUCUACCGGAUCAUCACGAUGACCUACAGAGCAGGAUGCCUCUAACUCCUGAUGCAAUUACUUAUCGAGUCCUGAUGUCUCACCAUGCAAGGACAUCUGGGAACGUCGAUCGUCUCACUGUGCUUCUGGACGACAUGACUCGGCAAUUCCGGAUUCCCAUCACAGAAAUGACCUUCCAGUUACUCUUCAGAGGCUUUGCCAUGCACGGUGGCUCUGAUCGUAGCGAUGCCAAAUGGACACAACAACGACUGCACAUCGCUUGGGCGGCUUGUGUCGUCUGCAUGAAUGCAGGCAAAGCAAGGGAAACUGGCACAAGUCAGAAGCCGUCCCGCCUUGAUCUGCUAAGCGUCAAGGACGCAGAGGCAAUAGCUGCAGAUGAAGAAAAGCGUGCCAUUGAGGAAGCGUCUAAACGACCUAAACCGCGAAGACCAACCGCCUGGCAUACGUUCAUAAAGCAGUUCGCAAGCCCUUACCCCGAGACAAAGCCGUUCGACCUGUACUCGACAAUUAUCAACGCAUCUGAGCCCGAAGGCGAGAACGAAGCCGGUAGUGGUGAAGAAUACCGUCUACCUAGAGUAGAUCUCACACCCAGAAUUGCUCCUGCUGAGGAAACGGCAGAUCCAAAUUCCAUUCAGCCAACCAAACAUUUGGUCUUAUGGGCUAUCCGGGCCUUCACACGAUGUACGGCCAGCAGGUCCGUGCUUGAAGAUGUCUGGUAUCAGAUCCAACGAAUCUGGCGACCUUCGGAUGUAAAUGAGCAAGCUGUUGCUAUACGUGAGAUUCGUCGGGCUCUCAGGUAUUGCGAUACCCACGGCAAAGAGUAG